AUGAGGAAGACGGAGGAGAGAUUGAAUAUUUGGAACAUUAGAAAUGGAAGGGUUAUACGAAGAAUUCUGUGCCUCGUUGAGUUUUUCAAGAGGUUUGAAGAUUCAUCUGAUUUUGAGGAGUGUAAAGGACGUCAAAAAUAUUUGGAAUUAUUGUAUAAUUGCUACACAGCCGAGACCGACGGCAAGCUUGUCGUCAAAGAUCGAAUGACCGGCAGUAUUGAAGAAUCAUAG